AUGCUUGUGGAUGCAAGUGUAAUCCCCUGGGCUGCCAGCGUCAUCAGGGCUCAGAGACCCUCCACCUCCGCCUGCGUCUGCAGAGAAGAGAAGACUGGGCUCAGGCUCGGAGACAUCGGUGCUGUGGCAGUUACCAGGAAAAGCUUCAGCCAGCCUGGAUGCCUGACACCCAGAUUGUCAAGCUCCUAUCUUGCUGGACAGCGCAUUUCUUCUGCCAACACAAUGUCUCCGUUGCCUGGAUUCCCUGUGGAAUGUAAUGAUGACCCAAAAGGAAAAGCUGUUUCCCCAGGACAGUUCACUAUAUGGAAUAUGGGGCAGGAGCCAUUAGCCCCAUCAGAGGUCAUGAUGCAGGAUGACCAGCACCACCAAGCUGGGGACAUAGGGAUGAGGUAUGAGGACAAUUGCUCUUUCUACAAUUUGACGGGUGGUGACUUUUACCCAGAUAAUAGCAGCCAAUCCAACUGCACCUUUCCAGAACAACCUCUAGACUUCUAUAUCCUCCUCCCUGUGAUAUACUCUAUUAUUUGUGCUGUGGGAUUAACUGGCAACACUGCAGUCAUCUAUGUGAUCCUCAAGGCACCAAAAAUGAAGACAGUGACCAACAUGUUCAUCUUGAAUCUGGCCAUUGCUGACGACCUCUUCACAUUGGUGCUGCCCAUCAAUAUUGCUGAACAUCUUCUGCGCUACUGGCCCUUUGGGGAGCUCCUUUGUAAGGUCAUACUGGCCAUUGACCACUACAACAUUUUCUCCAGUAUCUACUUCCUGACUGUGAUGAGUGUAGACAGGUACCUGGUGGUACUGGCCACCGUCCAGUCCCGACGUCUAUCCUAUCGAACCUACAGUGCUGCAAGAACUACCAGCAUCUGCAUCUGGUUCUGGGUGACCCUCAUUGUCCUGCCCUUCUUCUUCUUUGCUAGUGUCUAUACCAAUGAACUGCAGAUCAAGAGCUGUGGGCUAAGCUUCCCUCAGCCAGAGAGGUUCUGGUUCAAGGCCAGCCGCAUCUAUACCCUAGUCCUGGGUUUUGCUAUUCCUGUUUCAACCAUCUGUAUCCUCUACAUUGGAAUGCUUCACAAGCUGAGGACCAUGAGCUUAAACUCCAAUGCCAGGGCCUUGAACAAGGCCAAAAGGAAAGUGACCAUCAUGGUCAUCAUUGUCCUAGCUGUGUGCCUCCUUUGCUGGAUGCCCUUCCACCUGGCAACCAUUGUGGCACUAACUACAGACCUGCCCCAGACCUCCCUGGUCAUUGGCAUUUCCUAUUUCAUCACCAGCCUGAGCUACACCAACUCCUGUCUGAACCCCUUCCUCUAUGCCUUCCUAGAUGACAACUUCCGUAAGAGUUUCCGAAAGAUGCUGGAAUGCAAAACAACCUGA